AGCUUCACUCAGCUCGUUUUUCUUUUUUCUUUUUUCCAAAAUUUUUCUCUAUAUUUCUCAUCCCAUUUUUCUCAGUAUCAUGAUCCUCUACCUCACACGACGUUACUAAAUCGACUUUUAUGGAAAGUUAGUAGGGUUUUUAUAUUCGAGAAAUCGAAAGUGGAAACCGCCACCAUUGAAUCACUUGAUUUUCCUUUCCAUUUAACUUCCCGAUUUUUCAUUUUCAUCUACUAAUUUACUUGUUUUCGUUGUCCGAAGCAUAUUGUUGUGAAGUUGCUGAGAGUUGAAAGCUAAUGGAAGUUCGAAAGAAACGCUGAUUUCUGUUCGGUUUUUAUUCUUCCUCUGUUUAAGUUUUUGUGAUUUCCAUUUACGACCAGUGAUGCUCACUGUGGUGGAGUGAAGUUCGCGGUUGGAUGUAGAUUUCGAGUUAAAGUUGUAGCUCUGAAUUGUAGAUUCAGUAAGGGACUCGUUCGAUUUUCUGAACUUUUCACCGGCGAAAACGAGGUUUAUUUUCUAUUCUGUUGUCUUUUGUAGCUUGAUUCAUGGUUUCAAUCUUAUUUCUGUUCGUCUAGCGACUAGGAAAGUAGUUUUUCGUAUUUGUUUGAUUGGAUAGCAUUGGACGUUGAAGUUAUUCUUGUGGAAAAUGGCUUGUGAAGCUAUACAACUGUGGACAUUUAAUGGAUUAGUGGCUGCGUUUCUUGAUCUUGGUAUAGCUUUUCUUUUAUUAUGUGCAACGAGUCUUGUUUUCUUUACAUCCAAAUUUCUGGCGCUGUUUGGGUCAUGUCUGCCUUGCCCUUGUGAUGGACUAUUUGGGGACCUCGGUAGUGAUCACUGCUUCCAAAAGUUGCUAGUGGAUUGUUCAUCCAAAAAAAUAUCUUCAGUCCUACAUUCAACUAGAGAAAAGUUCCCAUUGGAUUCCAUGUGGGAUCAAGAGCCAAAAUGUUGUUUUAAGUCGAUGUCGGUGCACAAGAGGAAUGUGAAGGAGGCGUGUGUUGAAUUCAAAUGUGAAGCAUCAGGUGAUUCCUGGUUUAAAACCAGAUCACCUCGAGGUAUGAUUUAUGGAGACGUUCUCAAUAUGAACGAAUCGCGUUAUAAAGGCGGUGUGGGUGGCAGGAAGAUUGCAUCAGUGUCUCCAAAUGACGUUUUUCAGUCGGAUGUGGAACUGGAAGACCUUUGUCAUUCUCCUUCAAGCUUCUGUGGAUUUGGGGAUAACAAUAACGAGGAUGGCUUCUUUUCUGUUGAUUCUGGAGAUGAAGGGGAGGCUUCAUUAGACAACAGCAAUCAAUAUAAAGUAUUUCCCGAUCUCGAACUAGAUGAUUCUUAUGAUGAGAAAAUAUGCGCAGAGAUGUAUGGAGCAUCUGCUGAAGAGGCUAGGAACAACUGCAGAGGGGAGUAUUGCUUGGAUGGUAAUGAGAGUGAUAGAAUCAAACUAUUGGAACAAUCACUUGAAGAAGAGCAGAAAGCUCGCGCUACCUUGUACCUGGAGCUCGAGAAAGAGAGAAGCGCUGCUGCCACUGCUGCUGAUGAGGCCAUGGCUAUGAUAUUACGUCUUCAAGAGGAGAAGGCUUCUAUAGAAAUGGAGGCUAGGCAAUACCAGAGGAUGAUAGAGGAGAAAACUGCUUAUGAUGCUGAGGAAAUGAGUAUUCUUAAAGAAAUUCUAGUGAGGAGAGAGCAGGAAAUGCAUUUCCUGAAGAAGGAAGUUGGAGCUUUUCGGAGAAGUUUCUUUGAUAAUGGUGGAGUGAGUGUUGAUAUGCUUGACACUGAAUUUACACCCCCAUGGGCCCCUUCUUCCCCCUAUCCAACUGAAGAUCCAUCUCAUAUGCUUCAAUGCAUCAAUGGAUCCAUUACAGACAAGCAAUCUCAUGAGUUACCAUCAGUGGAGUCGCGAAACUUAAUUUUUGAGUUUGGGGAAGAGUCCCCUUCGAUUCAAGCAGUUGAAUUCGCUGAUGCUGCAAAAGCUAGGGGCAUGUUGCUGCACCAAGUUGCCGAUAAUUUCGAGGGCGGUGAAGAGAUUGAUGAGUUACAAGGAAAGGGCAUGGUAGAAGAUAAAAAUUUAUACAUUGUACCAGGAGAAGUAAAUGAACUGGAGCCAUAUCCGAAAAGCAAUGUGUCGAAUGACCUAGGUAAGGUCGAGCAGUGCACAGAGUUUACUCUUGAUGAACAAGAAAAGGUCUACAAAGAUUCACUUGACGGGUUGGAAUCUGCGGAAACAGCUCUUCCUUGUGUUGAGUAUAAUUUGGAAAAGCAAUGGGACCAUCAAAAGCAGUGGACAAGAGAUUUCAAAUCUGUGAAUGAUACAGAUGCCUGUCCUCAUGAUAUUCAUGUCAUUGAAGAUGAAGCUAGAAUGCACAAUGAAGCAAGUGCUAAUGCUCGUGAAGAAACAUUGGUUAAUGGUAGCUCGAGUAUUCCAGUUAAUUGUGAUAGUUCAUCCUUCAGUUUGUUGCAGAAUGAACUAGACAUCACGAGAAGCAGCUCAGAUGCCACUGGAAGAUUUCCACCAAUGGCUCGUUCUCGAAGCAAUUCCUUGCGUUCUGAAUUGCGUAGAAACUCGAUGUCUGCUGUCGAUUAUGAAAGGUCGAAAAUCGGCAAUGAAGUUGAGUGGCUCAGAGGAAGGUUAAAGAUUGUUCAAGAGGAAAGAGAAAAGCACAAGUUAUCUGUGGAGAGCAAAGAGAAGGAGAACAAUCAAUUACAACUUUUAGAAAACAUAACAAAGGUGCUCUCGGAUCCUGGAAAGGCAGCUCUGCAGGCUCCAUUGCCUCCAUCCUCUAAGGAUGUGUCAAAGAAACGUUGCUGGCGAAGCUCGUCCUUAGGCAUUCACAGAAGCAGCUAGCAAGUUUUAAGUCCCACCAAAAAAACCAAACGAAACGAAAUGAAACGAGAGCGCCAUAGCAGAACACGAUACAGCAUCCUCCAGGUUAGAAAUUCUAGUCUUUUUGCCCCACUGCCAUACAAGACUACAAGUCAUAUGUAAAUUAAGAAUAACUUGACAGGUUAGGGCUUAGAUCAUAUGUACUUUUUCUGUUAAAAGUUCUGAUGUGGGGCGAUAGAUGUUGGGAUAUAGAGCCUCCUAAACUGUAUUUAAUAAAUUGAAAUCCCAUAUAUAUCUCGUGCUUACAAAAUGUACUUUUUUUUUUUUUUUGUUAUCUGUAUUAUGUCAUGUUGUAUGUAUUUGA